GAGACAGGUCAGAGGUCACACAACAUGGCGCUUCUAACGCUGCAAAUUUGAUUUUCGAUUGGAAAAUCGUAAGUUUAACUUAUAGUUUCUUAAAAUAGCAUCUAGUAAAGCAUUCCAACGGAUCUACUCUAACAAAUACAACCGAUAAGCAUCAUGGAAAUUGAUGACUUCGUGAUUUUUUUACUCUCAUUCUGUCAGUCACGUCUGCCGAAGAUGUUUUUCCUUUACAAUUAUUCUCAUCUAUUGUAUAAAACUGUAAAAGCUGCCUGAGAGAUAGUAUUAAAGAUAAAAUGUAUGCGAAACGCCUACUCUCUUGCUAGGGUAUCUAAAUGUUGGAUGAAUAGGAAAAAAAGAGAUAUAGUAAAUGGCACAGCAGUCUGCUGCUUUUCGUAGCUUAACGAGGUUAUUCGACUACUUUUAGAAUGAUGUUGUAUUUUCUAGACUACUUUUUCCAUAACAUUCUCUAUCAAAAUUAACAAAUAUAACUUUUGAAAGGUAAAAUACUAAUGACGUGUCGCCAAUAGAAGUUAUUAUCAGAAGUAAUAAGACUUAGCACAGGACUCAUUUGUAUAGAAACUCAUAUUUAUAUAACUAAAUAUAAACAGUAGCGCAAUACAUAUGAAUAGUUUUAUAUUUUGUGGUUUGAUAUAUGCAUAUAUAAGCAGAUAAUACCUAGAAAUAGUUGUAUUUUAUUGAAAUAUAAGGUAUUUAAUUAAACAUAUUGUCCGUCUACCUACAGUCUAAAAAAGCAUGCUUUUAAAUAUAUAUAUAUAUAUAUAUUCAUGAUUUUAGCUAUUCUUAUCAACGUAUAGAUUUUGCAUAUAUAACAUGUAGUAUAAUUCUUGCAAUCCGGUAUUGCAUGGCCGAAUGAUAGCUACUGGCGUAUGCAGAGUUGCAUUAAUUAAAUAAAGGCGGGUGUUCGCUUUUUUGCAUACAGAUGGGCUGCAGCAACGGCAAACCGGGUGCUUCUGAUAGCUUAUUUAAGGUUUACAAUCUGGAUCAAGAUGGAACUUUAAAACAUAAAGGACGUUUCGAAGUAACUGGCGAUGAAUUGGUUCUACAUCAGAAACAUAGAGAAAAAAUGAACUGGCCUCUAAGGUGCUUAAGAAGAUAUGGCUAUCAAUCGAAUAUGUUUUCUUUCGAAUGUGGACGGAGGUCACCUACUGGAGCUGGAAUUUACGCAUUUAAAUGUAAAGAAGCGGAGCGUCUCUUUAAUUUAGUGCAAGAAUCUAUAAACUCUGAUGGUUUAGCGGGUGCAGCUGUUGAACUACGAAACGGUGGUCUGGAUGAGCAUGACAUUGAUAGAAAUGGUGAAGAUGGAGGAGGCACGACAGCCCACAAUUAUGUGAAUACGAUGACCGCAACAACGGAAAGUGGCAGAGUAUCAUAUUCUCAAUUAUCAGAGGACGAAAGGGGACAAUACGUCAACGUCAAUACUAGUGUGCCAGCCAGUAGAACGACUUAUACAAAUGUUUCAACCCCUGCACCGAUAUCGACAACUGCUCUUCAAUAUAUCGAACUUGACUUGAACAAUACGCCAGAAGCGACCCAGCCAUCAACGCCAGCCUCACCAAAAAGUUGUGGUUCUAAUCAAUUGACUGAAGGCUACGCGACCAUAGAUUUCGAACGAACGGCAGCUCUAUCAACGACUUAUACUUCAGCAUCAGGAGCUGAAACAAGCUGA